AGUUUCGGCUUCUAAACUUGUUCGAGGCACUUGUAUCGAAACACUAUGUUCGAAAUAAAAAUAUAUUUUUGAAUAAAAUAUAUUUUUUUCGCAAAUUUGUCUUAGUAUAUGUAGUUAAAGCGGUGAAAGGUUAAUCUGCUCCGUGACAGAAGCCGAGCUAUCGACCGCAUCCUGCUGCCGCCUGCGCCGAACCAGCGGCAGCCAGCGGUCAAAGGGAAUCAAAUUCGUCAAGUAACACAAAACAAAAUUCGAGAAAAAGAAAAAUUCUUCGGCUUUUGGACGGCGAGCGGGCAGUGCGACGGUUGCGGGCGAUGCUUGUGACAUAUUUCCAGUUCUAACCGAAACGAACUAAUCCAUCGACAGCCAUCGGCAGCCUCGCGGUUAGCGAGCGGUACUGCUCCACGAUGAGUCCACGACUCCAGCUAACCCGAUGCCAGCGGGACCACGAUGGGCUCCAUAGCCCCGGCCGAAGCAAGUGCCACUAGCCGAUCCGAAGACGCCAAGCCGCGACGCAGGAGGAUGGUGCCACGCCUGACCGGAGAGCCCAAAAGGGACCGCCACCGCGAGGGGGCGGGGGACGCGGGCUCCGAGAUGGUGGCGCUGUCUGCCAACUCGGACGACGACUGGGCGGCUGAUGAGGUGGUGUCUGUGGACAAGGAGCCGCUGUUGCCGACGGAGAACGGCGAGCUGGACAACGGUGACUCGGGGCUCAAGGGGAGGACUCGUGCCAGAGAAGGGAACUUUGGCAACCCGGCGCCGGAGCCCUUGUGGUCGGUUGCAAUCCAGGUGUUUGUGCCGUUCCUCAUCGCGGGGUUCGGAACUGUCGGAGCGGGCCUUGUCCUCGACGUCAUUCAGCACUGGCAGGUGUUCCAGAAGGUCUCGGAGCUUUUCAUCCUGGUGCCCGCUCUGCUGGGGCUCAAGGGAAACCUCGAGAUGACGCUGGCCUCCCGGCUCUCGACACAGGCCAACCUUGGCAGGAUGGACACGGCCGCAGAGCAGUGGAGGAUGGCGACAGGGAGCCUCGCACUCCUUCAGAUCCAGGCUACAGUGGUGGGCUUCCUGGCAUCUAUAUUUGCGGUGGUGAUGGGCUGGAUUCCGGACGGAGAAUUCAGCUGGCAACACGCGCUCCUGCUCUGCUCCAGCAGUCUCUUCACGGCCAGUGUGGCCAGCCUCGUGUUGGGCAUGGUGAUGAUUGGGGUGGUGAUCCUGUCACGCAAGUGCCACAUCAACCCCGACAACGUGGCCACGCCCAUUGCAGCCUCCCUCGGGGACCUCACCACCCUGGCACUGCUGGCACUGGUAGCAAGCUUCCUGUACACACGCCUAGGCGGCCAGGAGUGGCUGGUGGGGGGCAUCCUGGUGGGCUUCCUGCUGCUGCUGCCCCUGUGGGGGGUGGUCGCCUGCGCCAACCCCCACGCCCGGGAGGUGCUCUACACGGGCUGGUGCCCCGUCAUCUCGGCCAUGGCCAUCUCGAGUGUUGGAGGAUGUAUUCUGGACUUUGCAGUAUCCAGGUUUCAUGGAAUUGCAGUCUUUCAGCCUGUUAUUAAUGGUGUGGGUGGCAACCUCGUGGCGGUGCAAGCCAGCCGAAUCUCCACGUUCUUGCACCAGAGGGCGGUGCUAGGCACGCUACCUGCUUCGGAUCCUGCCAUCUGCAUCAACCCCUGCUCCGCCUUCUUUGGGAAGAGUGUCCACGCGAGGACAGCGAUGGUGCUGCUGCUCAUGGUGAUUCCAGGCCACCUGGUAUUCACGUACGGCAUCCGCCUGCUCCAGGCGGGGCACACAUCGGUCACCCCCAUCUUUCUGGUCGUGUACCUCACCGCAGCCGUCAUUCAGGUGUUCCUGCUGCUGUACAUUGCCCACGUGAUGGUGCACUGGAUGUGGACCCGACGAGUGGACCCGGACAACUCGGCCAUCCCGUACUUGACCGCCCUGGGCGACCUGUUUGGCACCGCCCUGCUGGCCAUCUCCUUCUUGCUGCUCAGCGCCAUCGGCGACGGGGACUCCGACGUGGGUGACUGAGGCGGUUGUCCCCGCUCUGCUCUUUGAUGCACACUCUCUCCCCUCCGGUCGGUGGGAGCCGUUGCAAUCUGGACUUGUUGGGUCUGCAGCACAUUUCGACUCGUUAGUUCGCUUUCGCUGGAUGCCGUGGGACGGCGGUGCGUUUUGAAGGCACUCUCGUACAGCAAGCACCCACAGAACCAAACUGUGUACGAAAAUGGGCCUCGUGAAUCGGUGAAUCGACAGCCGACUCGAGAACCGUGCGACUUAACAACCUUCCACGAUGAUCGUGAGUCGGGGAAAGGCGCUAUGGUGGAGAAGCAGGACUCAAUUGGCUUCCAUUUGGGAUGGAGCGUGACUUGUGCCCUCCGGGCAACUGGUGUGCCGCUGAAAAAAUUCACCUUGUCCGGGACUAGCGGAGCAUUUUACCGACUGACCUAACCAAGCUAUGGUCUGUUGCAGGCUAAGAAAAUUGGGACAGGCUCCUGCCACAAAGCCAUCUAUUCUUUUCACUUUAACAGUGGAGGGAGAGAGAAAAACCACCAAUAAUGACGGGCAGAGAGCUGUGUUUUGUCAUGCUUUUUCCCGCAACAGACUGUAGCCGUCGAUAGGGCAAACGUUGGCUCUAUUGACAGCUGGGUGCUCGCCCUUGUGGUGUGUAUGGUCAAGAUAGGUGGCAACUGAUAACACUGGUUUGCUCUGCCGACGGCUAAUUCCCGGUUAGCCCAGUUGGUUGAGUGUUCCGCUAGUCUUGGAACAGUCCCGGGAUUAAUGCCUGGACCGGGCGGAUUUUUUCAGCAGCUCGACAGCAGUUGCGUUCCAUCUCAAGUCAAAGACAGUUCACUCUUUCAAAAAAUUUUCAACGAAGGCAUGUUCUGGCGGUUUAUUUAGCGGACAACGAAAGUUUGGUCUCGUCGACGUGUGGCAACGAGCGGAAAAUAUGUUGCAACUUGGGAGUUUGGUUGGCAUCUGCGAAUAGUAAAUUUUGAGUUUGAAGCAGAUUAUUGUUUUGGCCAGAUAUUUUCGAAUCCAAUAUCGAAAGUUUCUCCAGAGCUUUCACUACUGUUGCACCAUGCUUAAAACGAAAACCCAGCUGAAAUCAUCAACGUUAUUCCCAAGCUGCCACUCGCAAAUUCUCAGCUAUGUUAGUUUUAAUUUAAUGAUAUUUAUGGACUGUGGCCUGAGAAGGUCCUGGGCUAUAUUAGGAUAGCGAGUAAACGAUGGCUUUGACAUAAAAUUAAGUCUACUGAGAUGGUGAGCUAUACCUAAUCGAGGGAAUUCAUAAAUCUUGCUACAUGCAGAUAAGUCUGCUUUUCUCCGAAGCAUGCAACUGCGAUAUUCAUACUUUCUCAAAUGUUGAUAGUGGCGGGUUAGCCCCGUUAAGCGUGCUUCUUACCAAGCACCGGUGCACUGCGGGGAAGCAACGCACGUGGAGCUCGCUUCCUCGGGUGUUGCUUUUCUGCAGUGUGCUCGGUAAGAAGUGCACUUAACGUGGAUAAUUCGUCGCUAUCAACGCUUCAAGAAGUAUGAAUAUCGCAAUUCCUCUCGAAGCAAAUAUUGAAUAGCAUAUUAUUUGAAAAUAGUAUUACACUAGUAUAUUUUCACAGCCCUAGAGUUUGGCAUCCGAGUCUGAAAGCGGUGAUGAGGCGAACCUACCGCAUGAAUGCCUCUUUUUUGAAGAGAUGCUUCUAACUGCGUCAAACCAGAUUAAUGAUUUCUUUAACUUUUUAAAGUUGUGUAUUUGACUGCUGAUUUACCUGGCCCAUUUUACACGGGCCUUGGCACCAUGCAUGUGCAGUUUUUUUUAUCUGGCAAGCCUCGGCUGACAAGUUUUUAUUGUGUUUUAAGUUCUGCAAGGGCACCUCUGCGUUUCUCAAUUGGGCUACUGAUUUUGAGGUUGCGGAGUCCCUUGUUUUACCCUCGAUUAGUAAGCUAGGGUCCGUUUCAUUGUUGUGGCUUAAUACACCUCAUUUUUAUACUAUUUAUUCACGAAAUGUGGAGGUAAUAACGUUUUUUUUUGGGUUAAAAAGGCUUCUUGCCCCAAAUUGGAGUUGAUGUGGACGUCAUAGUAAGGUACCAUCUGAUUUGGAUUAGCUUGCGAAACACUGGCAAAUGAACAGGGUAAGCGCGGCAGAAAAAUGCAAAUGCUUCCACUAGGAACAGACAGACUGACGACUUUAUACAGUGGCCCAUUGCUCCUGGUUGUGUGUUUUAUUUCUUGUCCUACCUCUUGUAAAAUUUUCACUUCUUUUUUUUUUUUUUUUCAUUUUUUAUGUUGCACUGACAUACAAUAGUAGGCCUAAGUGAAAUAUGUGUGUAGACUUUUUUGAAGGCAGAUUUUAAAAAAUCUGACAGUGUUUGUUUCUUUUUUUUUUAUGCAGCUACAUAUAUUUUUUUGUGGAAAUUGAGUACUAUUUACCUAUCUCAAACAAUCCAGAAAGAAAACUCGGGCCUCCAAAUCACGGAGGUUGCACUGCACUUUCCGCGCAGAUCUUUUGUACCCCUCUAAUGCUUUUUCAGCGUUGGCGGCCAGUGGAUAGGUCUGCUUCUUGCGCAGGAGUUGCGGUGACGUCAGAACGACGCUGAGCUCAGAUUGACUUUGAUUGAAAGGAUAGUGGGUAGAUGCCUUUAAGGUCUUCCCACUACUUAUUUCAAUGAGUCAAUAAGAGCUAAAGGUUCUGACAUCAUCGCAAUCUGUGUGCAAGAAGCAGACGAACUUGCUCUCCGCACAGACCAACGCGUGAACCAGACGUCACGCUUUGCGGUGGCGCUGCUGUCGGCGCAGCACAUGCGAGACAUUUCAUCUCACACGAAUCUAGUUUCUGCACAUGCGCAGUGCCCACGCCUGGUGUGGGCAAAUGCAGGCUUCUUUUUAAACAGCACACUGGCAUAUAGGGAUACAGUGAAUUUGUAAUCAUUGUACUUGAAGGUUUGAAAUGCAAGUGGCCAGGGCUCAAAACCUCUAUUGUCUCGGCAUAGUUUACGUUCCAUUCCACGAUUAAUGAUGCAGUACGUCUCUAUUAUUUCAACCGAGAAAUUUUUCCGUAAAAGAGAAAGGUGGUCGGGUGCAGGGCACAAGCCCCGCGUGUGACCUCCUACCGCGAUCAUUUGCCAUGGGUUUUCACGGCAGAUGCAUUGACUCAAUUCAAGGCGACGCAAAUGUCUUCCAGAUUGUAAGGCCCCACCGGCCGGGGCACUGUUCGCAGGCAUGUUUUCGUUUUCGACAGUUCUUCUUGCGACCUUGUCAGUUUCUAAGAUGUAUGUUCCUCGGAGAGUUGCACCUAUCAUGGCACCUGCCAGGGACUGCCGUGCACGGGGUCAUGGUGUGGCACGGUAAUUAUGCGUCGACUGUGCUGGAGUGUUUUUGCAACUUUCCUUUUUGUUCGCUUUCUUUGUAGGAAAGAGUUUACUUUUUAAACCGGGAUGCCGUCAUGUUUUGAAUUGUAAGUACCUAAGAGCACUCUGUGAUCACCACCGGCGUCUCUUUGGGAUGUUGAUGCAUGCCGGUUGGUAAUGUGUGGGGGAUGUUUCGAUACUAAUGCGUGGUUAGACCAAAUAACUACAAAUUCUGUCAGCUUGGUUGCUUUCUUUUGUGUUUUGUUUUAGCUGGACAUUGCCUAUAACCCAACUCUCGCAUGAUUUUAUGCUUUAAAUAGGGCUGCACUUUGCUGUUAGCUGCUCGGGAUUUCAGCGAGCGUAUUACUUGCAGUGGGAUGUUUUCAAAUACUAUAAAAUAUUACUCCUGAACUUUUUUCCUUUUUUUUUAUAGUUUUUUAUUUUAGUUUGUAGUUCUUUGUUUCUACAUUUCGUGGGUUUUAAGUGGAAAGCCAUGAUACUUUAAACUUCAACUCAACUCAUUAUUAUUAUUUCUUUUUUUGCAUGCUUACUACUUUUUAAUAACCUAAUUUUUGUAUGAUGAUAAUCUUCCUACUAUUUAUUUUAUAACAUCUCAGGAUUCGAUGUUGCAAAAGUGUUCAUACAUGAUGAAGAAAUUAAGAAAAAAAACAGUUAUUAGCUUCGGUGCCCUUUUAACCUUUGUUCAGUCAUCUUUGUUUUAUGAUCACAUGCAACUUUUUUUGCCCUCUGUACACGGAUGUGUGUGCAAAUUGUUUCUCCGUUUUCAGGUGUUUGAGUACUUGUUUUAAAAAGAAAUGCCCAGUGCUUUACGCAUACAAUUUUAUGGGAAUGCCUCUAAACAGUGCAAAGGACACAUGCAAGUUCAAGCAAGUUUCAAACUUCAUUCAUACUUCUAGAGCACCCUCGGUUUACGAAAAUUUUAUUUGCAUUGUGUUUGUGGGGAAUGCUGUUUAAGGUUCCAAACUCUGCUUGCACUUGCACGUCUGCCGUCACACGUGGAUUCGUGGUGUUGCAUGAAGCGGGGAUUUCAUGUUUCUUGCUGUCCCGCUGUCCGUCGUCCUCUGCAUUUCCUUCCGUUGUGAAGAAAAGGUGCCGACACGUUGUGUAGAGUGCGCGCUGCCAACGGUGUUGACCUUGCAAGCACUGUGAUGGUCCUCGGCAAUCAAAGGAGGCCGGAACCCGGAGCACUGUGAGAGACAGCUCGAGCUCACAGCUCCGGGAAAUGUGCGAACAAAUUGUAGUUGCGUCGUCGUCGCCGAGGGUACUGGGGGGUUUAGGAACGGUUCAGAUUCAUGAAACGUACCAGUGUGCAACUGUGCAGUUAACACCAAAAACAUUUUGUUUCUCAUACGUUCCGCGUUCUGCAGCAAAUGGAACACGUUUUGCCUCACCUUGUUUGGUGGACUGUUGCUCGCUGCUCUCGGGUUGUUUAAGGAAUGUGUGCAACUGUGGCAGCGAUCAGUGCUUCAGGAAAAUGGCUAGAAGUCUGCAUCGGGUGCACCACGGUUUUAAUGCUUUUAGGCAGAGAUUGAACUUUCACUACACCCAUUUGUUUUGUAUUAUAUCACUGCAGAAACAGUUAUGCAGUAGUACUUUUCUUGGAAGUUCUGAAUGCGACAAAUACUUGUCCAAAACCUUCAAGGGCGUUUAACCGACACAUUCUCCAUCUCCACCGUUUAUGUGGGUGGGCAGAUAUUCCAGCGGCUCUCGUGUGCUCAUCUUCCAAUAAAAAUAAUUAAAUUUUUACUUUUUUUUUAAUUUUGAGUUUAGGAUUUUGGUGGGUUUUUUUUUUUUUUGUGCUAGAUUUAAGUGUCUUUUCUACCUAGACUUUGCAGACCUUGCAGUUUCUGCCAACCCACCUCGCUUCCGCGACUAGUCAUGCUUGCGCAAUGGCGUACUCCACCGAUGGGAGAGUCAAAGAUAUUUUUAUACCACUGUUGAAUCGUGUAUUUUUGCAUAAUGCAGUACUUCGGGUUACUGAGACUGAGAACUGUUGACCGUUUGAAGAAGAACAGAGCCGGUUUUCGUGACGUCUGUUUGCUUGCUCGGCCCAGCGUCGUCCGAGCACCGAAACACUCAGCCAGAGCUCCCUUCUUACGCGCGUUUCUAAAAUGAUGUAUGUUUGAAUUGUGCUGAAUACGUUUUUUUUUUCCCUCCUCUAAGCAGGAAAGGACUGUUUAGAAAUUCCUUCCAUUUGUAUCAUGUUUCAAGGUGUUCCAGAUGUACCAUCAUGUUGUGUACUUAAUGAUGCAAAGUAUGAACCACAAACACCAUCAAGUUGGAAGUAACCAAAACUGUUUCUUUUUUUAUUUGCAAAUAAAAGCCAGUUGGUUUAUGUC